GGCGGAUCCUAUCCUAGCUGAAUACUUCGAUUGCUUACGGUGAACGGGAAUUCGGUGAAUGCACCUGCUUAAUAAAAAAGAAUCUACUCAAAUCAACAGACCGCAAGAAAUUGCUUCGUUUGCGUGUGUUUAUACAGAAAUAAAUUAAACGAUUAGUGCGGACUAGUUUCAUUUUUUAACAUCCACAUUGCAAGAGUGGCAGCAGCAAGUCGCACGUUUUUCUUUAAGUAACUCAGAACGAACCAACUAGAAUCGACGAGAAGUUUAGCUCUGGUUUCGCAAUUAUUCAUUCCGUUCAAGAGGUACUAUAAAAGCAAUUGUAACCUCCCUCCAGUUGGUUAGUUUAUCAUUUGAAACAAAUUCAUCACAAGCAACAUAGUUAAAGUUUUCUUAUAAAAAUGGUCAGUGAAACGAUGUCAAAUCAGCAGGACGAUCCAAACGUUUGCAAGGAACGAGGUAACGAGGAAUUUAAAAAUGGUUUCUGGGAAUCUGCAGUGUUGUGGUAUACCAAAGCGAUUAAGAUGGGUGAAAAGCACAAAGAUCUACCCGUAUACUACAAGAACCGUGCCGCAGCUUAUCUGAAGCAAGGUAAUUUCGAAAAGGCCCUGGAUGAUUGCAGCAAAUCAUUGAAUGGUUGUCCGAACGACCCGAAAGCUCUGUUCCGCAGAUAUCAAGCCUAUGAAGCAUUGGAAAGGUACGAAGAAGCAUAUAAAGACCUUCGCACGGUUCACACGCAUGAUCCUAACAACAAAACCAUUAAGCCGCACUUGGAAAGGAUGCAUGAGAUUGUACAGGAACGAGCUCGCUCGAGGGCUCAAACAUCUAACAAGGUAGCUCAGAUGUUUCAGAUUGCGUUCGAUUUAACUGCGGCCACUGAUAAACGGGAACAAGCGAUGAACAAUAUAGUAGUGCUGGCUCGUGAAUCUGCUGGAGCCGAAGUGAUGCUGAAGGAAGGUUUGAUCACACGUAUCGGGAAACUGUUGAAAGUGGAAAAGAAUAACAGCAUCGUUGUGAACGCUAUCCGUGCAAUUGAUGAGGUAUGCUCAAAAAGCCAGGAUCGUACGAAAACGGUUAUCAAGGAGCUGGGAAUUCCAUGGUUUUUGCAAAUUUUGGACAGUAACAUCGAAGAUCGCGUAUCAGCUUCGCAGCAUUGCAUGCAGACCGUUCUCAAUUCGCUGACGGGUAUGGAAAACAAAGAGGACACGAAACCUAUCAAGGAAUUGGUAGAAGCCAACCAGAAACUAAUAGACACACUUCUUACCUGUCUGGUUUAUUCCGUGACCGAACGUACAAUAACGGGAAUGGCUCGGGAUGCCAUCAUGGAGCUGUUGAUUAGAAAUGUGCACUAUAAAACUAUUGACUGGGCAGAUAAACUGGUCGACAUGAAGGGUCUGCUGCGAUUGAUGGAGGUCUGUUCCGAGCUUGAAGAGUACAAGUAUGAGAGUGCGAUGAACAUCACUCCUUCGUCGAGAACUAUUGCAUCGGUCUGUUUGGCUCGCAUCUAUGAAAAUAUGUACUACGAUGCCGCCCGUGAAGUGUUCACAGAACAAAUUUCGGAUUUCGUUAAGGACAAACUGCUGACUCCAGACCAUGAAUCGAAGGUACGGGUAACGGUUGCAAUUACUUCCCUGCUGUUGGGCCCCCUGGAUGUGGGUAAUACAAUGGUUUCAAGAGAGGGAAUUAUGCAGAUGAUUUUGGUUAUGGCGCAGUCGGAUAAUCUAUUAGAGCAAAAGGUCGCUUGUGAGUGCAUCAUUGCUGCAGCCUCUAAGAAGGAUAAAGCCAAGGGACUUGUUCAAUCCGGGGCGGAAAUUUUGAAGAAGCUGUAUUCUUCUAAAAACGAAGAAAUUCGGGUCCGUGCAUUGGUUGGUCUAUGCAAGUUAGGUAGCUCUGGUGGUUUGGAUGCUUCUAUUCGCCCGUUUGCUGAUGGUUCAACUAAAAAACUGGCCGAGGCCUGCCGUAAGUUUCUGGUCAAGCCCGGCAAGGAUAAAGAUAUCCGUAAAUUUGCAGUUGAAGGUUUGGCAUACUUAACGCUCGAUGCCGAUGUGAAGGAAAAAAUGGUGGAGGAUCGGGCUGCAAUUCAAGGAUUGAUAGAGCUAGCUAAAACUGGAGAUCAGUCAGCUAUUUAUGGUGUGGUUACAACGUUGGUCAAUUUGGUGAAUGCUUACGAAAAACAAGAGAUCCUUCCUGAGCUAAAACAGUUGGCCGCAUUCGCAAAGCACCAUAUUCCAGAAGAACAUGAGCUGGAUGAUGCCGAUUUCGUAAGCGGCCGAAUAAUUGUUCUAGCCAAUGAAGGAGUAACGGCUGGGUUGGUUGCACUUUGUAAGACAGAGAGUGACAAUAGCAAGGAAAUGAUUGCCCGAGUUUUUAAUGCACUUUGUGGAGAACAAGAGGUGCGGGGUAAAGUUGUACAGCAGGGUGGUGCUAAAGUGUUGCUUCCGCUAUCUCUAAAGGGCACCGACAAUGGAAAAAGACAUGCUGCACAGGCUCUUUCACGUAUCGGAAUUACCAUCAAUCCAGAAGUAGCAUUCCCAGGCCAAAGAAACUUGGAAGUCAUAAGACCUUUAAUGAAUCAACUUCAUCCGGAUUAUUCAUCGCUGGAGAACUUUGAGGCUCUAAUGGCCCUUUGCAAUUUGGCGGCAAUGAAUGAAUCCACACGACAGCGUAUAUUGAAGGAAUAUGGACUCAGUAAGAUCGAAUCCUAUUUGGGAGAAGAUCACACACUGCUCCGGCGUGCCUCCACUCAGGUCAUUUGCAACUUGGUUCAAUCCCCGGAUGUUGUAGCAUCACAUGAGAAAGAAAACGAUCGUGUGAAAUUACUCGCUCUUUUAACGCAAGAGGAAGACGAGGAAACUGCGAUGGCAGCAUCAGGAGCGCUGGCUUAUCUCACGGCAGUCAGUGAGAAAUGCUGCGAAAAAAUGUUCUCUCCUGCAUCCUGGUUGGAGAUCUUCCAAACGCUAGUAGCGAACCCAAGUCCAGAAGUUCAGUACCGUGGAAUGGUCAUAAUUUACAAUGUGGUGAAAUCAAACAAAACACUGGCUGAGAGAAUUUUUGAUACUGAGCUGUUGCGAAUGUUGUAUGGUGCUACUCAACUCAAUGAUGAGAAACGUGCCAAAGCGAUUGAAAUGGCAGAGAAGUGCCUCAAAAUAGCUGAAGAAUAUCGACUGAUUGAGGAGAACAAGGAUGCUCUUGAACCAGAUGUUUUCCAGCAGCAUCAGCAGGAGGCGACCAUUGAAGAGCUUGAUGAUUAAAUAAACAAUAAGGGUAUUUUUAUCCGUACUUAAAGUGCAUUAUCGUGAAAGCAGUUUGCUUUCAUUGUUUCUUAAUUUAUUUUAUGGUCAUAAGAAUUUAUACUACCAUUGUUACACAAUAGAAUUA